GUGUUGGGCUGCAGCGGUGUGGUCGGGGGGAGUGAGCGAGGGUUGUUUUGCCAGGGUGACCGACAUGGGGAGGGCACAGCGCCGUCAGCAUGAGGCUGCCACGGACCAUGUGCAGGAAAAAUUCAGGGCCCCUUCCCCUCUCUAUCGGUACCUGGUUGUCGGCCAGAAGGUCAACAACAAGGGGGUCAUGAUGCUCCGUUGCACGUUUUGCAACAACGUUUUCCAAGGGACCCAGUUUCAGGCCACGAGGCACUUCUUGCAGACAAACUACUGCAAGGACGUCAGCGGCGAGGCGUUGUACGAGAUUGCUCGACGGACUCAACUGAAGUUCGAGGCCGAUCAGAUGGAGAGGGUUGCGAGGUAUGCAGCGGAGCGCGGGCUCGAUGUGCCCGGCACGGGUGGUGCAAGGGGAGGAGAGGCGGGGCGGCGUCCGGCGGAGGGAGGGGUCGGGGGAGAUGGUGGGCAUGGUGCGGCAGACCUCACUUUGGGUGGUGGAGGCGGUGACACGGAGGAGGGCGUGAUCCACGUGGAUCGCGAGGCGCCUGGCCCGGGUGAGGAGGGAGUCCCGGAACGGGAGGACGUGCCUGAGUUUUAUCCAGGCACCGGCGAGAGGUUGGAGGACUGGCGGAGGCGAGCAGGCAAGGGAGUUGGAACGGAGGGGUCUUCCAAGAGGAAGGAAGGAGGGAGUGAUCCGGCUGCCACCCCAGCAGGGAAGAGGCUUCGCCAGCAGAAGGUGACUGAUGUCUACGGUGGUGAGUGGGUUGCUCGCCACAAGAAGGCAUUCCUUCGCUGGUUGUAUUCCAGUGGGGUCUCCUUCAAUGCCUUCCGCAACCAGGCGUGGAAGGCAUAUCAGCAGGUGUUUCUUGAGCAGCCUGGCAGUUCCCCGCGCGCAGUGCUCCCCAACCACUGCGAGAUUGCGAGUAUGUGGGCGGUGGAGACCCACCGUGCGGAGUUGGCGGAGGAGUUGGAGGAGAUGGAUCGUGGAGGACAGUACAUGUCCCUCAUGAUCGAGUGGACGCAGGAUCUUGUCCGCCAUGUCACGGUCGCAUGCGCCCCUUUGGGGAAGUCGUUCGCCGACCGGAUCAUCAAGCGUGUGCAGGCUCGCAUACAACACAUGCUUGAGCCGGCUCACUACGCAGGGUUCUUACUAAACCCCCGCAGACGACACGUUCGCUACUUUUUGGGGCAAAUAGAGCGGUACGAUGCUUGGCUUGUGGGGCAAGCCAAGAGGUACAUUUUGACGCAGACGGGAUUCGAGUUGGAGGGUGCGGACUACAUCCUUGCAUGUCGGCGGUUUGAGGACUUUCACAUUCAGCAGGGCAGGUUUGGGGAUUGGGGCGAUCCGGACGAGCGUGCUUGUGGGCGCAUGUGCAGCGGCGACAGCGAGACGAUUGAGUGCGCGUCUUGGUGGUCUCAGUACGGGUUUCGCGCGCCACAGUUGCAGCGUUGUGCUCUUCGGGUGAUGCACAUGUGGUCUUGCGCCUCUCCAGCGGAGAGGAACUGGGCAGUCCACGAGGGCAUUCACACAAAGAAGCGCAACCAGGUGGCCUUCGAGAAGGUCGUGCAACUCGUUGAGAUCACCGCAAAUGUGAGGUUGACUGAGUAUCGGCGGGCUGGAUGCGGUUAUGUGCUGCCAUGGCAGCGGGACGAGGGCAUGCUGGAUUGCCAGGCAGGACUCGAGUUGGAGCCUGUGCGCACGGGAACUCGCAGGGGGAUGAUGGACGAGGAGAUUGCCCGUCAGGUUGCACUUAUUACCCGGGAUCCCAUCGGGGCGUCCGAACCACCCUCGGCUGAUGCCGUUUUCGAUAGACGUGCUUGCAUUUUUCGUCCCUACCCCAGGGAGGACGACUCAGACGAGGAGCCGAUACCCGAGGCGGCAGAUGACCCUGCACUCUACAUUCCCCGGGAGAUCCACGAGACGCACGAGGAUCCCGACUCCGAGGAGACCAGGGCACAGACUGCACGACGGGCGGCGGACCGGGCGGACAGGGAGAUGCUGGGGGGAGACGAGGACUUUUGGGGCUCAUUCGGUGAGGUCGCUUCCACGGGCGGCCCAGAGGCACAGGCGACGACCCCCACUCCGACGAGGCGGGAUUCGUCAAUGUCGCCACCUCCUGCUCCGAGUCCUGCACCACGAUCGCUCGUCUCACCACUUCAGUUGGACAGGGAGGAGUUGGGGUCCUCUUUGCCUCAGCACGACCUUCUCCACAGAGGCGGGGCAGAGGAGAGGGCACCAACGGUUGUGCCGGACACGACGAUCGCGGCCGCGGUGGAGGAGAUAGCAGCAGCAACAACAGCAUCAGUGUUGGAGGAGAUGGCAGCAUCAGUGCUGGAGGAGGAUCCACCAGCGGCAGGAGGAGGUGCAGCAAUGGAGGGGCAGGUGGCAGCAGAAGGAGGAACAUGUGGAGAAGCAGCAGCAGUGGAGGUUGAGGUGGCAGCAGCAGUGGAGGAGGAGGAGGCACCGUCGGCAGCUGCAGUGGAGGAGGAGAUAGCCGCACAGGCUGAGAUGCAGCGUGGGGGCGAUAACGAGCGCCUCAUGCAGCAGUUCCUCACGGAGGAGCUCGAUCCGGCCAUAGCGGGUAUGACCCCGGGUGUGGAGAGGGGGUUUGGGAUUUCAGAUUCAGAGAUGGGGACCCACUUAGACUUAGAUUUGUCGGUGGGCCUUCCACCUAGUUGCGGCGGGGCAACAUCGACGGACCGGGCUCCAUUGAGGGACGAGGCGCCAGGCAGGACUUCAACGCAGACCGCGCGAGAGAGGACGACAACUAAGUCUCCAGAUGCAGCACACGACAUCAUUGAGCGAGAGAGGGCUAGACUUUUGGCAUCGACUGACCCUCGUGCUCAGGCGUUCGCACGGGCCGUAGAGAAGGCCAGGCGUCGAGAGAUAGGGGGGGAUUGUGUGCAGGGUGGGGUGGUGGAGGGGGAGGACGUUGCGGAGGGAGUGGCAGCAGAGCCGGUAGCCGAGGCUAUGCCGGUUGGAGCAGAGGCAGCGGACGUUGCUGUGGAGGGACGACCUCAGGCGGUGGAUGAGGCUGUGCAGGCAGGACAGCGACGACCGCAAGCGGUUAAGAUGGCAGUGCAUGGUGUGCCACCGCCCGUUAUCACGGAUUUGGGGUCCGAGCCGGUGGUUGUGCCCCCACGUCUUUCUAGCCACUUUUCUCCGCAGGAGGUCCAUCGUCCUUUGGAUGCAGAGGAGUUGGUGCGAGAGGUUGUGCGCGAUGUUACUCGCUUGGACCGGCGGAUCUUCGACCGGAGGCUCGAGCACCCACCAUGGCAGACGAUCCCUUCGGUUCCAUGGGGUCCUACGUCGCCCGUGUGGUCUGGCUCUACCUCCACCGGAGGACAUACCGCGGGACAUGUUCCAGGGGUUUCGGGUGGCGUGACGGAGACAGCGCCACGCACAGAAGACAUGCCACCCCCUCCUCCCAGGGCACCUGCAGGUGAUCGAUCAUCGUCGCCCACAGGCAGAGGCUCUCGAUCCCCACACACCCCUGGGAGAUCUAGGAUUCGUGACACGACAGCAGUUCAGCAGGACGUGUGUGACACGACGAUAUUCGAGAGGACAUAUAUAGAUUUGGAUCCCACCUGCCGUGUCACGGAGCACACUGCACGCCUUCAGCCGGGCUUGGGAGGAGGAGGCACUAGAACGACCGCGACGAGAGAGGUACCGGCAUCAGGUUGUGAGCCUCAGCGAGAUCGUGGCAGAGGAGUGUCAACCGAGACCUUGGAGUACACUCUGAGAGCAGCGACGCGUGCCGUGCAGGAGCAGACUCCAUGCAAGCGUGUGACCAUUGAAGAGGCUAGUGCGAGGGUUGUUGUAUUGAGGAAGGGAGGAGGCCCAGUCACCGUCGAGGAGGAUGAUCCUGAUACGGAUGCGGUUGUGCAGCCAAUGCGGGAUGCGGACGAGGACUACGAGGGCGAGGAGGGGGGAGAGGAGGAUAGCAGGAGCGGUUCCGAUGGUGACGACGACGACGACUACGAUGAGCCCCCACCUUCCCCAGGACCCCCACCGACGCGUGCAUCUAGACGCUCCGCUGCACGGACUUCUUCAUCCUCACGAGGGAGGAAGAGGUCGACAUCCGGCACUCGAGGGGGCACGAGGAGACACAGCGGGAAGGGGAAGAAGGGUCGUUGACCGAUGAGGCCAACACUCCGCUUCUCCCCUACUCGCACUGUACGCCGUCAUGUUGUGCGGUUGUAGUUUUUUUGGUAGUCUUAGUCGUCUCGUCUUGUCUCAGUAUUGUCAGACACUC